UUCCAAGCAGUUCUGUCCUGGUGACUGUGCCCAGGUUAUGACGACUAAUCCCAAACCGAACAAGGCAUUAAAGGUCAAGAAGGAGGUGGGCGAGAACGCCCCAGUGCUCAGUGAUGAUGAGCUGGUGUCCAUGUCAGUGCGGGAGCUGAACCAGCACCUGCGGGGCCUCACCAAGGAGGAGGUGACCCGCCUGAAGCAGCGCCGGCGCACACUCAAGAACCGCGGCUACGCCGCCAGCUGCCGCAUCAAACGGGUGACACAAAAGGAGGAGCUGGAGCGGCAGCGGGUGGAGCUGCAGCAGGAGGUAGAGAAGCUGGCUCGCGAAAACAGCAGCAUGCGGCUGGAGCUGGACGCCCUGCGCUCCAAGUACGAGGCCCUGCAGACCUUUGCCCGCACUGUGGCCCGCGGGCCUGUGGCACCCACUAAGGUGGCCACCACCAGCGUCAUCACCAUUGUGAAGUCUGCUGAGAUCUCAUCCACCUCUGUGCCCUUCUCAGCCGCGUCCUAG